AUGAUUCCAUUUGUCUUUUUGGUGUGCGCUUCUUCUGGCUGCUGCCAUUUAUUACCAUGCGGUGGCUGUGCGUGGCGUAGCUGCUGUCUCUCUCUACUUUCUUUCUCAUGCUCUUGCAGAUCGAAUCCACGUUAUUCAACAACGAAAGUUUUGACGAUGAUGCGCCGUGUGUUUUGUGUCCUGUUGGUGCUGGCACUACUGUGCUGCUGCUCUUGCGUGUUUGCCGUGAAGGGAGGGGAGGAGCAAGAGCAGGAGGUAACGCAGGUGAAUGCAGUAUGUGUGGGUAAGGAUAAACUCGGGCGCUGGCAACUCCCUGGGAGGUCAUUGUGGUACAACUGCACGGAUGCAGCUUCUGGUGCGGGAAAGAUGAUUUGCGGCAUGGGCGUAGGAAACUGUGCGUCCGAGGCUUCACAGAGUCGCACCAAAGAUGGUGUGAAGGAUGCUGUCUUCAAGAUCAACGUCACAUCGCCCACUCCAAACAUCCUGGAGAUUUGGUGGAAGCGUAAAGUGGAGCCGAAGGCGGCCACCAUUGAAAGCGGUCCGACCACACGUCCGGAAGCCGAACCUCUGGGGCCUCAAGAACACAAGGCUCCCGGUUACACCUCCACAACAGAUUCUGAUUCUCCUCCUGCUGGCGCUGCGGGUGCGUCUGGUGACCCUCCUCCUCCUCUACCUCAAACUGCAACUCCAGGCGGCGCUGUUGCUAGCACUGCUGCUGACGCUGCGGCCAAGACGGAUCCUUCUGCUGCAGCCUUGGGAGCACUGGAUUCCGCCCCCUCUGGUGAGCUUCAAGGCCCUUCACAUUCUGCCUCUGCUGCUUCUCCUGCACCCGAAUCCCCACCAGAUCUGGAGCCCACAGAAGGCGGCGACCACUCCUCCCAUGAACCUCCAGUGGAGCUGCAGGAAGAGACUGCUGCUGCGCCACCGACUCAGUUGCCCCAGACCGGCGAGGACGGGGGCGCAGCGGAAGGCACCGAAGAGGACACCGCCACCAACACCACCGACACUGCUUCCAGCGAAGGAAAUUCUACGGCGGCAAGCAUGCCGGCUCCCCUUUCCUCUGCGCCCACAACGAACGCUCUGGAGAACAGUGUGGGAACUGACGCCUGCUUCCAUGACACCCGUCUGCAUGCCCUGCCACCGCUUGUUCUGGCUGCGCUCACCUACGGGACACUGGGCUGA